UUGUAGUUCAUUUUGUGCAUUCAUUAUUUUGUGAACCUGCAUUUAUAUUUGUCUAUAAUACAUUUUUUCAUAAAAAAAAAAUAUGCCGCCAAAAUCGACAGCACAUCACAAAAGAUCUUGCCGGAUGGCGAAAAAAGCAGGACAAGUAGCUCUUCAAGAGGAAGUCAACAAUAACGAAGACUGGCAAAAAUUGUUAGAAAAAACAGGAAUUUAUGUUAUCGACAUUUAUACGGAAUGGUGUGGUCCUUGUGUACCAAUGAUAGCAAAUUUGAAAAAAAUCAAGUUGGAACUUGGCGGAGAUGAUUUGCAUUAUGCAAUUGCCAAGUCUGAUACAAUUGAUGCACUGGAAAGAUUUCGAAAAAAAAGUGAACCUCAUUGGAUGUUCCUCUUUGAUGGACAUUUGGUCAACCUAAUUAUUGAAACAAACGCUCCAAGAUUAGUUAAAUUAAUAACCACUGAAUUUGAACAAUAUAGCAAGUUUAAAAGAGGAGAAAUCCAUAGACACUUUAUGCCUUUUAAUCAAAUAACUGAAGAAGAGUAUAGGAAAAUGGCUGACAACGAGCAAUAUCACGAUUCAAUAUCUAAAGAAGAAAAAAUUGUCAGAGGAGAGCGGAUGAUCAAAAUUAGGGAGCACGCCUUAAAAAAGUUCGUGCAAAAUGUUCAGAAGCAAACGUGUGUUAUGUUCUUCCCUCACACCAUCAAAUACGUUAUGGUGGAAAAACCAGUGGAAGAAGGAAUGGAACCGCCAGACGAACCAGUGAUGCAAGAACAACGAGUGUGCGAUAUAGCCACCACAUGCGCCCGUAAAUUCGAAGAGCUUAUCAUUAUCGACGCCAAAGAACUGCAACUGACCGAAGACACGUUAAACGAGUUAUUUUUUUUGGACAAACAAAUAUUGAACAGCUACCCCCAAGAACUUAUCGACCAGCUGUUGGCAAAUAAAAUCUACUCAGUUAUGGUGUCUUCGCCAACAGCUACAGUUGUCGAAACAGAAGAAGAAGACUUGGAAGCUGAACAGCCAGACCUAAUGGGAGUGAUUGAAAGCAGGAUGAGCUUAAUUAUUUACGGCGAAGGAGGUCCUUUGGACCCUAGCCCCGACUCAAUAGCAGCUCAAACUAGACUGGAAACCGAAGAUGGAGUAAUUAUCCCUUCUUUAUACACCCCCGUCAGUCCGAUGAGUAAGACUGCGGCUCUUGCUGUUCUGUUUCCUAAAUUUUGCGAGAAUAAUGGAUUUUUACCGCCCCAACCACCGGCUCCCCAGUAUCUUGUUAUUUUUGAAAUUACCAAAUCUAACACCGUACUACCGAUCAUAGAGGAUCUUGAAGAUAAUAUAGUAAAUUAUGGAUUUUUCCGCAGUGCUGACCCAGAAAAUCCAAAACUGCUGUGCAAAGAUCCAGAACUACUUGUUACUUACGGCAUGGAACGAGUUGGCAAAGACGCCAAACUCGUGCUUUCGGUACUAAAAGAUGACAAGGACAAAUAUUUACUGCGAUUCGUGGACGUUGGUCCGGUAUAUGUCAGCCCCGAUGAGAACAUUGGUAUCGAUGAUGCCAUAAAAUUCUUCCCUCAUGACUACGAAGAAAUGGAUGGUGAAAUAAAGGCAUGGUUAGCGCAGUCGGAGAGAGACGAGAAUGCCGCGGCAGAAAACUUGUCUGGCGAAGAAAUGGAUGGAGAAUUUGGAGAAGAAGGCAAACCAGAAGAAGGUUCAAUCAUUAUUUGAAGAUAAAUUAAAUGUAGGAAUUGUCUCUUUUAUAAGGACACAUCGAAAUAAUGUAUUAAGAACGUCUGUUAUAAUUAAUAUACAUUUAAUUUCCAAUGUUAUACUACUAAGCAUUUCUGUCAAAGAAAAAUAUAUUUUUAU